AUGCAUCUUUCCAUAUUUGCCUUGUUGACUUCCUUGGCCGUCGCUUCGGCGCAGAAACCGUAUACUCUUGGUGGAAAUUGUGCCAUGCUUCCAGCAGACCGUGCCACAGAGUUCCACGGCAACCCAGUGUCAAGCAACUUGAAGUUGGCCAUGGCUGGAAAUCAGUGGGUGGUGUUUGACCACUUCUUGGCUGCCUUCAACCAAUACCGUGCCGAUUUGGGCGAAGAUAUGGUGGAUUUGGAUGCGAUUGGCCACUCGGCAACUCGAACUCUUCAGGGAUUAUCCCAGCCAGGUGCAGAUUAUUUUGUGGAGUUGAUCCCUCCUGGUCAAGAGCGUGAUCAGAUCAAGUCGGGAUGUAUGCUGUUGGGCAAUGACGACGAGAGAAACUUUUUGCCUAUGAGUAUCGUGGUGGAUUUUGACGUCUUUACAAGUACCAACUACAACCUGAUGCAGGAUCUCGCAGCCAAUGGGUUUGUAUCAAAGGCCGUCCCAUAUAUCAAAAACCAAUUGACAUUGAUGACUGACGUAACCAACAGCCAGGGCAUUGGUGUGCCAAGCGAUGAACUUGAUGAAUCAGCAAGUGCCGUUCUCAAGUUGCUCAGUCCUGAUAUUCGUGUCUCGCAGGUGGACCAUAUCAAUGAGGGCAUCCACAGGGGAAUCAAUGCCAUGUACCAACGCAUGGAUGAGCAUGUUCGGAUGACAGCCUCGGAUGAUGUCGUGAGCCAACUCGAUGCUCUGUUGUUGAGCCUUCAAACACCUGAAGCCGGAUCACCAGCCGCCACAAGGGAAGGCAUUUCAACCGAGUUUGACCUGAGCUUGAACCCUGCAUGCUUCUACGAAGGACAUGAAUCCGUUCCAGACGGAACCCUGAAGCUUUGUGAAUUUGCCGUGCUAAACAAGGCGAACACUCACGAAACCCGCGUACAUCAUGUGGAAACUCCAGAGCGGAUUUUGGCAGGUGAAUCGGAUGUUGGUCCCGUCUGGAUUUCUGAAUUGCAACUUGCCAAGAAUAACGGAGAUGAAGUCAGCGGCUACCAGCCCAUGGAUGAGGUCAAUAGACCUGUGGUCUAUUCUGUGGCCUUUCUGAACACAAUAACAUGCUCCCACACAGAGCUGGCAACUAAGUUUGUUGAAUUCUUGCUCAGUGAAGAUGGGCAACAAGUAUACCUUGACGGGGGCUUCGUGGCCUUGGAUGGAACCGAAAUGGGAGAAGCAUAUUCUCUUUCCGACGACGGAAGUCUCAUUGUGGAGCCACUGUCGCCAGAUGAUUUCGUUGCUCCUGAUGCUGCCGUGUGUUAUAGUGAUGACGGCGAAGAUUCUGGUCCACCUGAAGAGUCAACUGAUGAAGCUCCGGACGUUGAGAAAUCAGGGGAGAAUGAAGAGAACAAGGCCAGUUUGGAGGAAGUUGCAUCUUCGGCAUCUUCCACUCAAUCAUUGGCCUUCCUGGGAACGCUGGUGGCGGCCAUUCCCUUCUUUUGGGCACUGCUUUAA